AUGAUCCCAGCACCCAAAGCACCCUCAUCCCCUUCGUUUCAGUUUCCUUGCAUUCAACUCAAUUUCGUUCCAUCCUCCUCGCCAUUCAUCAAAACAACCAGCAUGCCUACCCCAUGGACCACACCCGACACCAGCACCCGACCCAUCGCCAUAAUCGGCGCCGGAGUAAUGGGCCGCCGCAUCGCCAUGAUGUGGGUAGCAGCGGGAUACUCCGUGAUACUCUGUGAGAGAUCCACCAACUACGACGGUGCCCUGGACUACAUUAAGAGCAAUCAAGACAAGCAAGCCGAGCAAAUGGGCACAAAGCCCGCACCUGUACAAAUAACCGCAUCUCUUCCCGAAGCAUGCAGCCAAGCCUGGAUGGUCAUCGAAGCUGUUCCAGAGAAAACAGAAAUGAAAGUCGACAUCCUAGGCGCCAUUGAUGAGGUAGCACCGCCCGACUGCGUGGUAACCACCAACUCAUCUUCUCUACGCUCAAGCCAGAUGCUUGUAAAGACAAAGCAUAACUACCGCAUCUGUAACGGGCACUACUAUAUGCCGCCCGAGCAGACUUACUAUGAGGUUAUGUCUUGUGGAGAGACGGAUGAAGCGAUCCCGCCGUUUUUAAUAGAGAAGGCGCAGUCGGCAGGAUUUCGGCCUGUUCAUGCACGCAAGGAGUCCACGGGAUUAGUGUUCAAUCGAAUCUGGGCGGCGAUUAAGCGGGAGUGCUUGCUUGUUAUGGCAGAUGGGGUUAGUGAUGGAACUACCAUUGAUGAGAUGUUUAAGUCUUGGUUUCAGGCUGGUAAGGGGCCUUGUCAGAUGAUGGAUACCGUUGGAUUGGACACUGUUUACGAUAUUGAGGUUGUUUAUCAGCAGCAGCUUAAGCUUAAUGACCGCAGGGCGAUGGAUUGGCUGAAGAGUAACUAUAUUGAUAAAGGGAAUUUGGGAGCGAAGGCUGGUGUGGGGUUGUUGGGAUAA